CGCUUUCUUCAGCAAAUGGCGGAUGACGCCGGUGCAGCGGGAGGGCCUGCAGGCCCCGGGGGCCCGGGGAUGGGAACCCGUGGCGGUUUCCGCGGAGGCUUUGGCAGUGGCCUGCGAGGCCGGGGUCGCGGCCGGGGCCGAGGCCGAGGCCGGGGUCGCGGAGCUCGCGGAGGCAAAGCCGAAGAUAAAGAAUGGCUUCCCGUUACCAAGCUGGGCCGCCUGGUCAAGGAUAUGAAGAUUAAGUCCCUGGAGGAGAUCUAUCUCUUCUCCCUGCCCAUCAAGGAGUCUGAGAUCAUUGACUUCUUCUUGGGCAUGGCUCUAAAGGAUGAGGUUUUGAAAAUCAUGCCUGUGCAGAAGCAGACGCGUGCUGGCCAGCGGACCAGAUUCAAGGCAUUUGUUGCCAUUGGGGACUACAAUGGCCAUGUUGGCCUAGGUGUGAAGUGUUCCAAGGAAGUGGCCACCGCCAUCCGUGGGGCCAUCAUUCUGGCCAAGCUCUCCAUUGUCCCUGUGCGGCGAGGCUACUGGGGAAACAAGAUCGGCAAGCCCCAUACUGUUCCCUGCAAGGUGACUGGCCGCUGUGGUUCUGUGCUGGUGCGCCUCAUCCCUGCACCCAGGGGCACUGGCAUAGUCUCAGCCCCUGUGCCCAAGAAACUGUUGAUGAUGGCUGGUAUCGAUGACUGCUACACCUCGGCCAGAGGCUGCACUGCCACCCUGGGCAACUUUGCUAAGGCCACUUUUGAUGCUAUCUCCAAGACCUACAGCUAUCUCACCCCUGAUCUCUGGAAGGAGACUGUGUUCACCAAGUCUCCCUACCAGGAAUUUACUGAUCACCUGGUAAAGACUCACACCAGAGUCUCCGUGCAGAGAACCCAAGCUCCAGCUGUGGCCACUUCAUAGUGAUUUUUAUACAAGAAAAAUAAAGUGAAUUAAGCCUGUUUAA